UCUGAGAUAUCUGCUAUGACAUUGGUUAACGUUUUGGCAUUUAUUUUUCUGUUAGGACUGACGCUCGGUUUUCAAUGCAUCACAAAAACUAAGGUACCCUUGCGGGAGACUCAGAUAUGCAAUGGAAUUGUUGACUGCGUGGAUAAAAGCGACGAAAUGUUUGAGCUGUGCUACAACAGAACAUGCAAUGAGGAACAUUUUUUCCGUUGUACUUACGGCGGCUGCUUGGAAGUCAUGAGAAAAUGUGAUAAUACCAUUGACUGCUGGGAUUCCAGCGAUGAAAAUAAACUGAUAUGCGAGGAGGAUACAGAUAUGUGGUACCAAUUGUACGAUGACUUACAGGGAGACUGCGAUGACCAAUUCAAUUGCGAGGAGAUGUGCUUGGAGUGGAGUCAGGUGUGUGAUGGCCAGAUCGAUUGUAAGGAUGGCCGGGAUGAGAACAUCACUCUGUGUGCCACCAUCGACUGUCCGUAUCCAGCAUUCAGGUGCCUCUAUGGAGGCUGCAUAAGUGCCGCUGCUUUGUGCAACCACAUUCCAGAUUGCUUUGAUGGCUCCGAUGAGCUGCCUGGCAUAUGUCUCCAUACUAUGGGUCAACAUCCACCGCUCGUAGCUGACGGUCCGCUGGCAACAUCACAGGUCUGGGAGGUGAGGCAUUGCAGGCUAGAGGAUCCAUCGGGAGCCCUGAUUGCGGAGAACUAUGUAGGCAGCACCACCUACCGCAGCAAUGCGACGGUGCGUGACCAGGCCGUUGUGACUCUCAGUUGUGGCCACGGACAUGGUCUGAUCGGUGAACAAAAGAACAUUUGCGAUGGCGAUAACUGGCGAUACGAGCUGGCCAAAUGCGUGCCCCAGUGCCAACACACAGGCACUUUCCUGUACAAGGGGCAGUGUACCCACCAAGGACGUCUAAUUGACUGUGAUCAGGCCUUGCUGCCGAUGGAUACCCGAAUGGUGGUGACCUGCGCCUCAGGCUAUGAGGCGCAUGAGAAGCCCGGUGUGCAAGUGUGCCAUGGCAAUGGCAAUUGGGUCGUGGAGGAGGAGCUGCCCAAAUGCGAACCCAUCUGUGGUGUGUGGAAAUUGAAAGACCAGGAACACGAGCAGUCAUCCGACCCAUGGAUGGUUAGCAUUUUUCAGCGCAGCCGUGAGCCUUUCUAUGAGUAUCGAUGCGUGGCCACCAUUUUGUCACAUUACGUACUGGUGACAUCGGAACAAUGCUUUAGAAAUAAACCGAUCAAGGGUGCUCCAUCCACAGAGCCAGUACUCUAUGCAGUGGCCGAGGGCCAGGUCUACGGGAAUUCUUUCUGGGCAAACGAGGAGCAUAGCUACAAGCUGCACAAUGUGUCUUACAUACACAACGUCACGCGAAGUGAUGGGAAAGCAGUUGGUGCCUUGGCUUUAGUGCACUUGAUCCAACCCCUGGAGUUUAAUGUGCGAGUGCGUCCCAUUUGCCUGACUAACGAUAUGCCCAGAAAAUGGCAGACCAAUGGAGACUUCUUUGACGUUCCAGUGGGGAAGCCGAUUGUACAACUCGAUAACUCCAAUCGAUACGAACUAGCACAGAUAUAUGCCAGCCAAACGGAUAAGUAUCACAUCAGUGCCUUUAUCGAACCCAUACGAAAAGAUAUAGCCAAGUGCCAAGAGAGUGGAAACAUUUAAUUCACUUUAUUAUGGGUUGCGUUUUCGUGGUUAAUCAGAAAUCAAUGUACAUUCAACAGAAGGAAACACACACCUACUAUUGACAAUUAUACUCGUGUAUUGUAUGUAUGUUUAGGCAUUUGUAUUGGGUACCCAUCGGUCAUCAUUCACUAUCCACCGAUCGAAAUGCCACAAAAAUGUUUAAUGUUUCUAUUUAAUUAAUAGUUCCGAUUUCAAUUCGCUAUUCACGUUGCUGCUGCCUGGAUCCAUUCAUUACAUUGAGAUUGCAUUCUGGAGUUAAACACUAUCUAUUAUAGGUUAUUUGUUGUUAAAUUUAAUUUUAAAUUUAAAUUACAAUUACUUUAUUUAAUAUUAAUAAUACAUUACAUUUGAUGUUGCUAUACUCGUA